AUGGAGGACGACCGUAACCCUCCGUUGAAUCAUGAGGGGAUUGUUCCACCACCACCACCACCACCACAGGAUGGCCUAGCUCUUAAUAGGGCAAACGAAAGGGUUGUCCCUCUUCCCGAAAGACGUACCUUGGUUGAGUUCUUCUUACCCAACGUGGACAACGCCAACUAUGGAUGUUUUGCACCUCCUAUCCUCGCUAACAAUUUUGAAAUCAAGCCGGGAACGAUUCAACUACUUGAAAGUCGUUGCCAAUUUUAUGGGUUGGAACGCGAGGAUCCAAACGCUCAUCUUUCAAAAUUCACGGAGCUUCGUCUUUUCCCUUCCUCUUUGAGGGAUAAAGCAAGGAAUUGGAUUCAAUCACUUCCAAGCACCUCAAUCACAACAUGGAAGCAAUUGGCACAAGCUUUUCUCAAUAAGUAUUUAUCUAUGGGAAAAACGGCGAGGAUGACCAAGGAAAUUAUAGAUUUUCUCCAAUUACAUGGUGAAUCUCUAUACCAAGCUUGGGAACGCUUCAAAGAGCUUCAACGAAAUUGUCCGCAUCAUCAUCUAGGAAGGGAGCAUCUUGUCUCUAUUUUCUAUAAUGGUACCAAUGAGGGUACACGGGCAACAAUUGAUGCGGCAUCGGGAGGAUCACUUAUGAAGAAAACUUAUGAUGAGGCCAAUAACUUUCUAGAGGAACUCGCUACAAAUAGUUGUUCUUGGUCAACCGAGCGGAUGAGGCAACCACCUCAAAAGGGUAUAAUGACCCUCGAACAAACCCAAGAAUUUGAAGCAAUGAAAGGAAUGGAUUGCCCCGUUCUACAUCAAAACUCAAAUGAGCAAGUUAACUACGUCAAUGGGCAAAGGCAAGGAAAUGACCCAUAUUCCAACACCUACAAUCCGGGGUGGAGGAAUCAUCCUAACUUUUCAUGGAGGGAUAAUUCGGGUCAAGCCAAUGGCAACCCAAAUAUGGGAGGAGCAAAUUUCCAAGGAGGAAACCAUGGUCCACAAACCAAGGCAACUUCAACAACUACCGACCACAACACCCACCCGGUUUUCAAAAUCGGAAUGCGGAUGAGGGGAGAAAAAUUGACAAGCUUAUUGAGGAACGGGAAAGAACUUGAUGAUCCACAUGCAAGUAAAGAGAAAGCGAUCGAUCUAACAACGGGCACAAAUGAGGAGGAAGUAACCGAACUUCCAUAUGUUAAACCGCCGCCUCCUCCUCCAUUUGUGCCGAAGGUCCCUUUCCCGGGACGAUUAAAGAAGACGCGGGACAACCAAAAAUUCCAUAAAUUUUUGGAAAUUUUCAAGAAACUCCAAAUCAACAUAAGCUUUGCGGAUGCUUUGCGUGAGAUGCCUCAAUACGCGAAGUUUCUCAAAGAAAUCAUAACGAAGAAACGGAGUUGGGACGACAAAGGCACAGUUUCCCUAACGGAAAAUUGUAGCUCACUCAUCCUUAGUGACUUGCCCACCAAGCUUAAGGACCCAGGGAGGAUAUUUUUGGUGAUCAAACAUUGA